CCCUGAGAAAAUAAAUACCGCGGUUCGUUUCGGUAGAAAUUUUCCGGGAUUUUUAGAGGGUUCUACCGAAUUUUUAGAGUUUCUGUGGCACCCACCGACCCAACGGAAGUGCGUAGCGGAUGUCCAAUCACUAUGAUAUUCCCUCCUGGGCCGGGAAGCCGCCUUCGGGGCUACACCUGGAUGUGAUGAAAGAGGACAAGCUGAUCCAGAAGCUUAUGAUCGACGAAAAGCGGUGCUAUCUGUUCGGCCGGAAUCCACAGAUCAACGAUUUCUGCAUCGAUCACGCUUCCUGCUCGCGAGUCCAUGCCGCGUUCGUGUACCACAAGCACCUGCACAUCGCCUACCUGGUGGAUCUGGGCAGCACCCACGGCACAUUCAUAGGCUCGGUGCGGCUGGAAGGACACAAGCCCACACAGCUCCAGAUCAACAGCCAGUUCAGCUUCGGGGCUUCCACACGCCACUACAUUCUUCGCGAGCGACCGACCGUCGGAUCGCGCACCAACAUCAUGGAGGACAUCCCGAUGAUGGAUACCAGCGAUGGCACUUUUCUAGGGCUUCCAGAGAGCCAAACUGAGUUGGAUAAUCUCACAGAGUACAAUACGGCACAUAAUCGGCGCAUAUCGAUGUUGGGCAUUGCGGAUGAUAGUGGCGCCGGUGCUGGUGGGCCCGGGGGACCGGGUGGUGGCCCAGGUAGUAAUAAUGGUGGGGCAUACAAAGCCAAAAAUAAGAAACGCAAACGCAAAGGUGUCGCGUUUAACGAGGAUGAAAUCAUUAUCAAUCCCGAGGAUAUUGAUCCCUCGAUCGGACGCUUCCGUAACCUGAUCCAGUCGACGGUGGUGCCCGUUUCGGCGAAACGUGCCAAAAUGGAAGGGCUGAACAGUAUGGGCAUCAUCACGUCGCCCCCUACCAAUGCCAGUAAGGCGGUCGGUUUUCAUCUACAUCCGCACCACCAUCAGUUAGGUGGCCAGCAGCACCACGGUCAACAGCAGUCCGGUAGCUUUGUUUCAUCCAGCCUCUACCAUGGUAUCGAUCCCGUCGACGGACAUGGUGGCGAUACGGUGGGCACUGGUCACGAUGGGCGCGGUGGUUUCGGGAACUUCGAUAUGGACACAACCUCGAGCGGCCUCACGACGAAGCUCGGCAUAAUGCUACCCAAUCCAGCGCCCGAUGUCAAUCCGACACCGAUGAGUCUCUCGGAAACGGCCAUCGCUUCUACAGCCCACGUGUUUGCCACACCCGGCACCAUCGCAUCCGGUGGAGGCGCACCAACCGGCAACAACAGCAACGCAGCCAACAUAAGCGAUAACCCAAGCGAAAUGUCCGAUGAACCGAAGAAAAAGAAGUAUGCAAAGGAACAGUGGCCAGGACGGAAACCGCUCGGUUUGGGUAGCUUUUAACGUUAGCUUGUAGUGCUCGACUCUGUGUUUGUAUGUGUGUAUGUGUGUUUGUGCACGUGUUGCUCAAUUCAAGCCCCCCUCCCUCCCCUCCCCAUCAAUACACGAAACGGGUGGCCCCAGUCACCCGGGAAUAAACUGCGUUU